GUGAUAACGGCCCCCGUUAUCAAAAGCCGUCACAGCACUCACAAAUCGCCCACUCAUCUUACCAAUAUUAUCUCUCUUUUUUUAUUCCUGUCUCCUCCCUUCCUCUCUCUCUCUCUCUCUGUUAGGCGGCGCCACCCCUUGAGUCAAAUUCUUCAUUGACCAGACUCUAUAAAAUCACACCCUCUUCCUCCCCUUCCUCCCAGAAUACACAAAACCAUCAUCACCAUCGAUGCUUAACCCUAACCUUCACUGUACACUUAAUUUCUCGAGAAUCUUUACAAUUCACAUGUUUCACUAGCUCUAACGUAUUGUGAUUCUAGAUUAUUUCCUGGCGGGCAUUCAAGAGAAUGGCACCCAAGAAGCUUAAUGCCAGCAACAGUAGCUGUUUCAAGAAAACAAGUGGGGAUCAUGACAAGAAAGAGAUACAUUACAGGGGAGUGAGGAAGAGGCCGUGGGGGAGGUAUGCUGCUGAGAUAAGGGAUCCCGGGAAGAAAAGCCGGGUCUGGCUGGGUACUUUUGAUACGGCGGAGGAGGCUGCUAAAGCCUACGAUAAAGCGGCGCGUGAGUAUCGGGGUGCUAAGGCGAAGACCAACUUUCCUUUUUCCGGGGAGGUGGUUAAUUAUGACGAUGAUAAGCAGAGUUCUAGCCAGAGCAGCACCGUUGAGUCGUCGAGCUCUCCGGUUGUUUCUGCUGCGGUGACCCGCCAGGUUGGCGGUGGAGGAGCGGGCGGGGUUGUGGGGAUGGGAGCGUUUCCUUUUGUGUACCAGCAGCAGCAAUUAUUUCCUGGCGGGCAUUCAAGAGAAUGGCACCCAAGAAGCUUAAUGCCAGCAACAGUAGCUGUUUCAAGAGAACAAGUGGGGAUCAUGACAAGACAGAGAUACAUUACAGGGGAGUGA